AAAUUAUCAGCUGUUAUCACGUCAAAAACUCAAAAUGGAUUGUUGACUGUUGUUCAAACUGCUUAGCCUAAUUUAUUGAAAACUAUUAAAUAAAUACAACCCAGAAACAUGGAUUUUCAGUAUGAACAAGCUAGUGAAGUAGAGGCCUUAGAUUCUAUCUAUUGCGGUGAUAUGCAAAUUUUACAGGUUGAGCCCUUUCAUAAAUUUAGUAUUCCAAUAAAAUCGGAAAGUUAUGAUGACGGUGACGGAUUAGCAUGUGAACUAGUCUUUACAUACACUGCAAAAUAUCCUGAAGACCUGCCUGUCGUAGAAGUCUCUAAUGAAGAAAAUUUCGAUGAUGUAGUCGACAAAAAUGAAUUAUUAGAACAUUUAGUAGAACAGGGAAAAGAAAAUGUUGGAAUGGUUAUGAUAUUUACAUUGGUUUCCGCUGGUCAAGAGUGGCUUAAUGAGAAGUGGGACUUUAUUAAGAAACAAAGAGAAGAACAGAUCCUUGCAAAGAAAAAGGCAGAUGAAGAAGCUGAAAUGAAACGAUUUGAAGGUACAAGAGUUACUGUGGAAUCAUUUUUGAUAUGGAGAAAACAGUUUGAGAUUGACAUGGGUAUACCUGCUAAGAGAGAAAAGGAAUCGAAAGAUAAGACAAAACUCACAGGGAAAGAGCUAUUCUUAAGGGAUACUACUUUGAAUGAGUCAGAUCUGAAAUUCCUUGAUGAUGGUGAUGCUGUUAAAGUCGACGAGUCUCUCUUCCAAGAUCUUGAUGAUCUAGAUAUUUCUGAUGAGGAUGACGAAGACUACAUUCCCGGACAGAGUGGUAGUGAGAGUGAUUAGUGAAACAGAACUUUAUGUAUAAGUAAGCAAGGCCGAAAAUCGCGUGAAUAAAGUGCUACAAGGUAAUGUAAAGGAAUGCAAGUUGUAUCAAUAACAAGCCGUCAGCAAUAAUAUUAACGAAUUUAAUACACGAUUGAUGUUUUAAA